AUGACGAUUCUCUCGGUCCUCAAGGCGUCUCCUCCGGAUUGGAGAUUCUCUCAGGUUUCUGGUGAAUGCAGCACUGGUGAAGAAGUUCAUGAAGGCUUCUUGGGACCGAAGCUCCUCCUCCUGUGUUUUCGAGAAGAGUUUGGAGAUAGCAAGAUCACAGUCUUUCAGCUCUCGACUGAAGCUCCUGCUCCUGUUUCUUCGAGAAGCAACUACUACUUCCGACUAUCGGUGAGCAAUGACCCUGUGGUCAGCAAUGAGCAGAAAGCAGGUGCUUUCUGGAGCCGCAUUGCGGCUUACUUUGCAGCCAGUCCAAAGGUGGAAAGAGGUGAAAAGCGAGAGGCAGUUCAGUGUAAGCAAAGAUGGCAGAAGAUGAACGAUCUUUUCUGUAAGUUUUGUGGAUUCUAUGCGGCUGCAACAAGACAUAAAACAAGUGGUCAAAAUGAGGCUGAUACUGUGAAACUGGCACACGAAAUCUUCUACAACGAUCAUAAGAUCAAAUUUAACCUUCACCAUGCUUGGGAGGAGCUGAGGAAUGACCAGAAAUGGUGUGAAGUUGCUAGUAGCAAGAUUGAUGGAACCAGUAAGAAGAGAAAGUGUGAUGAUGAAGCUCAAUCAGAAAGCUCUCAAGCAAUGUCCAAUCUCGGUGAUCAACCAACCAAACGGCCUCCUGGUGUUAAGGCGGCGAAAGGAGCCUCUGGUAAGAGAAGCAUCGCAGGUGACCAGGCUGCCUCUGAGUUUCAGACCAUGUGGUCUAUUACAGAGAAAGACAUGGCUGCGAAAGAGAGACUUUCGAAGAUGGGGUUGCUUGAGAGUCUCAUAUCCAAGAAAGAGCCACUUUCUGAAUACGAGGAAGCGCUAAGAAGAAGCUAA